GCCGCCCCCGCCGUGAUGCGGCCCCGGCUCCGCCUCCCCCGCUCCGCCGGCGCUGGGAGCUCCCUUCGCCUGUUUGCCCUUAUUUAAUUUCGAGUGUGAUUUUGCUAUUUUUAGCAGCUGGAUCUCCUCCAAUCCGCAGUCGCCGCGGGCGGGGGGUCCCUUCGCUCCGCAACACAGACCCGCCGGGAAAAACAAAACCAUCGAACCGCCGCCAAAAACCCACCCCGAGCGCCGGGCUCCGGGAUCAAGCUGACUACGAUGAGCGAAUCCAGCGCCAAAUCCAGCCAGCCCCUGGCCUCCAAAGGGGAGAAAGACGUUUCGGAGAAGAGGGGCCGAGGGCGGCCUAGGAAGAAGCCGCAGCAGGAGCCCAGCGAGGCCCCGACCCCCAAGAGACCCCGCGGACGGCCGAAGGGCAGUAAAAACAAGGCCACCCCAAAGGGCAGGAAAGCUGCAGUCACACCAGGGAGGAAACCUCGAGGGCGACCCAAAAAAUCGCAGCAGGACGAGGAGGAGGUGAACAUUUCCCAAGAGUCAUCCGAGGAGGAGCAGUGACACCUCCCAAACCGGCGCUACCUCAUCGCCCGACGGCCCCGCAGCGGCCGGGGGAGAGGGACGAGGAGAGACCCACCGUGCCGCCCUGGCUUCCUCCUCCUCCUCCUUCCUCCGCUCCCUCCUCACCCUCAGACAACGGCAGCACUGGAAAAUGGCCCAACCCGGGCGGCCCCCGCAGCCCCCGCCCAGGGAGGGGAACCGACCCCAGCUCCCCCUCCCCAGCCCUGGGGAUCGGGGCAGCCCCACUGGAAAGGGAGAUCGUGGCAGCGAGCCGGGGCUGGCAGCGCCCACCUUCGCUGCCCCCCAUGCAGUGAUCUCACCCCGCCAAAGCGGGGGCUGGCUGCCCCCCCCCCAGCACCGGGCUCUGCCCUGGGGCCUCUGCAGGGAAGAGACGGGGGGGCAGGGAAGGUGAGACCCCCCCCCCCUAAAUGCAUUAGACCUUCGCUCUGGCCUGCUGCUACCCUGGGCGAGCCCCCGUGUCCCCCCAGUCCUGGGUGACUGCACUGUGUGCGGGAGCAGCUCCCGCGGCGCUGCCGGGGCUGGGUGCCCAUCCCUGGGGUGCCCAUCCCGGGGGGUGCCAGUCCCCAGGGGUGCCCGAGCACAGCCGGCUCCGGGCAGCCCUUUCCUCAUAGGUUCUGGUAUAUAUAUAUAUUUUUUUGUUUAGUACUUUUUUUUUUUUUUUUUUUUUUUUUUUUCCUUUCAUUCACAACUACCUCUGGAUAUUUAAGUUCCACUCUCUGAACUCACAGACGUGCUGCUGCGCUGCCGGGGCACCGUGGGCUCGUUGGUUCCUGUUUUCGGGGUGUUGCUGGGGGCUGUGGGGUAUUUUUUUUUUUUUUUUCCCCUUCCCUUUUUUUUGGGCUUCAUUUUUCUUUUUUUUUUUUUUAAUGAUAUUUUGAGGUCUAGUUUGCUCUGCUGCUUCAAGGGAUCGAGGCUGGCAGGGCAGAGGUGUGGGGGGACCAUGGGAUGCUCCCCCUGCCCCUCUGCCCCGGCACGACGGCUGCAGCGGGACCGGAGGUCGGUGCCGGGCGGCCCCGGCGGGAGAGAAUCGGGGUUUGGUUUGGGUAUUUUUUUUUUUUUUUUUGGUUCACUGUUAACGACCUUUUGGGUUCCUAUUUGCAGUUACUUGAAUAAAACAUUUUAUGGA